CCUCUUUAAACCUCGACUUUGACAGCUUUUUUGCUGGGUCGCCUCGUCCUCAACGUUCCCAUUGAUGUCCUCGUCGUUGCCUCCACGCCGUUCCUCUUCGUCCUUUCCACUCCGUCGACAUUCAUGGGACGCUGUGAACGAGACCCAGGCCAUGCUUGAAGGUUCCUCCUCGCCCCCUUUACCUUCAGCCGUUGACGGUUCAUUAUCGUCGUCGUCCUCCACUCAAAUCGCGGCAGAGCACGAAUCACUUGAUGAUAUCCUGGCAAAGGCUCGCCGUUCGACUUCCGCUGGAGCCGCAGUCAAUAAAUCCUCCCCUCUGAACCCCAAUUCCACUCCUAGAAGACCCAGCAGCAGCUAUAUCAGCCACCGUGCUUCCUUUACCCAUGUCCUACGGAUUCCUUCAGAGGAAUCUCGCGCUUUAUCCACACACAUUCCUUCUGCAUCCUCUUCACGACCCUCUACCCCUUCUUCGUUAUCUUGCCCAGCCGUCAACAAUGCAUCCAACUCCAGUCUUCGAGGUUCUAUGAUCCUUUAUCGCCUCGCCGCUGACGAGCUUCGAGCACCAUCGCGCACCUCCUCCGAGCAUGGACGACUCGUUCCCCCCCGCGUACGGAACUCGUAUCAUGGAGCAAGUCGUAAUUCUACAAUAUCCAUGUCAGCAAUGUCGAUUUCUGGAGACUCCUUUGUCUCGCUUUCCUCCGACUCCAAAUACCCCAUAUCUGGUUCUGGUUCUGACCGAGGCUUGGUUCCCUAUGCGUAUGAACCGGACGAAACUGAUCAUUCAUUGUUCGAUGAUGAAGACGACGGGGAAGACUGGUCAUUCGAAGAUGAAUAUAACGAGUCUAAAUGGAACGAGAAGAAGAGACUGAGUGCUGUCCCGUCUAAUGCCGCUCACACACCCACGGUUCCCAAGGAGCAGACUAGAUCUCCCCUUAAUCGUCGAAAUCUCUACUCCUCCAGAGGUAUUAUCAAUGCACUUGGCCUUAUCCUCCUCCUCGUUGGUUUAUUGGCUCUAUUCCUUAUUUACCCUGUUGCCACCUUUUACCACGAUAAUGGUCGGAAUCAUAGAAUUACUAUCAACUCCAGAAUCAACGCGACCGGCCAAGCUGAAGGUGAUGGAGGAGACGUUGCCCCGACGGGAGAUAACCAUCGAGGACAUGAGAUUGUAGACCGUCGGGAUAUGUGGACGUUCGAUAACAGCCCCGAAACCAACCACCGUUGGAAUCUAAUCUUCCGGUUCAUAUCAACCGACUUGCCAUCAAGCACAGAAACGGAUAGCAAACGACGCAUGAGCAGUCGAUUUGCGCGGCAUCAUGACUAACGCGAGGCGCGUUGGCGCGUACUUUUCGGUUUGCUAUUGUGUUUCCCUUCCCUCCUUGUAUACUGGGCGCACCACAUUUCGGUCAUUCUUCCAACUUAUCUAUGUCACGGACAGGCGUUAUUACGCGGAGCUACAUAUUCGGUUGUCUAUCAUUCAUGUCAUUCCCUAUUAUCACUAGCCGCACGCAAUCUGGGUACAUAUAUCUGUAGCUAAUCUGCACGAAACACAUAUCUAUCCAUCCUACCUAUUCCGUUACUAUAACUACUCCUUAC